AUGGCAAUCAUCGCCAAGCUCACCAUGUUUCAACAGCGCUCGUUGGCCUUGAUUGGCCUCCUAGGUCUGUUCAUAGCCUGGAUUGUCAUUGGAUCCAUUACCGAACGCGAACAGGCCGUCGAAACUACUGUUCGUGCACAACCGCCUGCCAGCGUCAAGAUUACACGUCCCACCAGAGUGGUACCUAUCGGCACUGGCAAGACUGGCUCAUCGAUUCAUCUACCCUUGGACCUGUCCUUUUCCCGAUUGGGCAAGAACUAUGCCAGCAGGAACCUCACCUAUUCGAUUGGAAUUAGACCUGUGCAGGUUGAGUAUGUUGAACCUACCGUUGUUGCUACAGGGGAAGUAGUGUCAAGUGAAGUUUCUCAGAAGGAAAUGAUCCAUCUCGAGGAUCCUGCUGUUGGGAGCUCCUAUGAGCUGUCAGUGGAGGUGGCACCCCAGCAAAACAGCAAUGGCACGCUUGACAUUAAGAUGAUUGGGAAAGACUUGGUGUACCUCACCGUGGUGCCUGACAAGAAAGACAAGGCACACCUGGCAGUUCAGUUUACAGAACCCGCAGAGUACUGGGACAACUGGCUCCUCGAUCUCUACCGCCGUAACCAAACCAUCCCCACCAUCCCCCUCCCCGACCCCUCCGACUUCAACCAAACCUGCUCCUGCCCCGACUACCCCGACGAACCCACCCCCGUAUUGUCCAACCCACCAAACAUCCCUCUCCUCCUCCCCUACCCUAUCGACGGCAACCCCCCUCGCCGAGAGAAGGAAACCUACAAAGUAACCCUCCGUGUCCGCUGGGAAGACCGCUCCACCACCCCCGCAACCCACCCCCCAAUGUCAGGCGCCACAGUCUGGAUCUACAUCCAGGACAUCACCGACGACUCCCGCCAAACCUACGGCUUCACCUCCCUCACCCUCUCCCCCGCCGGCCGCGCCACCAAAACAAUCACCCUCCCCUCGGACCAAUUCAUCGUCUUGAUCUCGGUCGCCUUUGACAAUACCAAACUCCAGUUCCGAGGCGGGACAAGCCACCUCGGCCGGACGGGGGGCACAGAAUUCCCCCUCCCCUACAAAAUCUCCCCCACAAACGAAGUAACAGUCGAUGCCAUCAUCCCUCACUCCUUUGGCCCGGAACUGGUCAGGUUAUGGAACGAAUUUAACACCAUCCAUCAAACGGCUGACCGGUUGGUCGGGGCCUGGGAUGUGCCCAAACUGGGGAUCCAGUACCCGAUGGAUUGGUCGAGGUACUACCCGGGACAGAACAAGAUUGAUAUCUGGGGGAGUGCUGGGUCUCAGAGCGGGGAUCACUUUGCUCAUGAGCUGGGCCAUCACUUCAUGUACUCGCUUGCCGGGGGGAUUCCCGGGAGGGGAGGGGCGCAUACUAUCUGCGGAGGUAGUCCUGUUGAGCAGGGGCUUGCUUUCUCCGAGGGUUGGGCUACUGCUUUCGCGGCGAGUUUGUUGGGCAGGCAGGUGAUUGGGGGUUGGGAUUAUGGGGGGUAUAGCUGCGGUAGUGAUAGGGAUACGAUGGAGACAAGCGAGGGGAGGGUCGCGGCGGGGCUGAUGGACUUGAUUGACGGGGGGUUGGUGAGGGAGUGUAAUGGGGGGGAUACUAACCUGGGGAGGGAUGGGGUUUGUGAUGGGACGGUUGGGGGGGAGCUGUUCACGCCGAGGGUGGUGUUUAGGGACUCGAUUGAGGGGGUGGUGGAUGGGGGGGUUAGGGCGUGGUGGGGGAGGGUGGUGAGGAGGUAUGCGGAUAGGACUGGGUUUGGGAGGGGGAGGGAGGCGAUGGAGUAUAAUUACUAUCCGCAGGAGUGUUUGUUUCGGUUGGCCGGGGUUUGCGUGAGGUUGACGCCGAAUGUGUUUGAGAGGAUUCGGUUGAGGUUGUAG